UUCUUUUAAUUAAUGGCAAGUUAACAAAAAAGAGUUCAACUCGCUGUUUGAUUAUGCAUUAUUUGUCCUUGGAAGGUCUAAUGAUCUAUGUUGCUUUGACUUGGCAUAAAUGCUCGAUACAGUCUGUUACCGAGGACAACACAAUAAGUCUCUUUCAAGUUGCUCUACAUAUUCAAUUGUAUCAUCUGUGUCCCCAAAAUUCAUCACUAGCUAGUUGAUUAUUAUUAUGCUACACAUGAUCCUGUUGUUAAAUUCUUCCUGCAGCUGAUACCAAUUGCAAUCACCUAUCUAUAAAAUUUUAAUUUUCAUUUGUAUUAUGAUUGUGAUUACUGAUGAUUAAAUUAUAGCCGUGAGAUAUUAAGGAAGGAGAAGCAGCAUAUGAGCAGACAAACUCAAGAUUGCAGAAUCAUGUCCACGUAAGUAUCUCUCUCUUACCCUCUCUGCCUUUAUUGAAUGCUCAUAGAAGCAGGACCCCAUGCAUAUGACUCAUUCAUGGUCACUGGCUCACUGCUUGCCCCAUAAAAAUCAGCCUCAGACAAUAUCAUGUAAGAGAAACAGAUGAAGGGCCGGGCAGGCACAUGGGUUUUCCUGUCCUUGGUCCCUCUGCUUGUCUUUGGCUGUUUUUUAUUUUUUUCCUGGUUUUAUUGCUUUAAUUUCUCCUCAUCUUCAACAUCCUUGUUUGUUUGUUUGUUUUUUUUUUUUUUCAUCGUCAGUCACAAGAUUCCUCCUACCUAUCUAGUUCGCUCAAAAAAUAAAGUUUUGAGAAGAUAAGACAAGUUUCACUUCAUCAAUCUGAAAAUUUCAUUUCCAAUUAAGUGAAUCUAAGUCUGAAUUGAAAAUGACAUAUGAUCAUUUUUUGUCGUUGAAGACUUGUAACAUAUGGCACCUAGAUGUAACCACCAUGUUCGUUCUCUAAUAUGAAAGAUUAUCUCCUUUUCCAUGCCUUUGAAUGAAAUCAAUUAUGCCCU